AUGGGCUCCGUGAUUUCUGCAGUAUUUGAUGCUUUUAAGGGGAUCAAAGCAGCGCUGAGCCUGCUUUCUGCCUUGUCGACCGAGUUCAAUGCAGCCUUGAACCGAGCGGCGAAGCUCCCCGGCCUCCCGAACCCGAAGCCAACCCAGCCAUAUUGGCUGAACAACCCACCAUUUCCAGAGCUAGUCGGCAUUGGCUCCCCGAGGCUUCCUGAAACGGCAGACGUCGCCGUCAUCGGGUCCGGCAUAGCUGGUGCUGCUAUUGUCCGGUCGCUGCUUCACGAGCGCCGACGUCGAGGGACUGUCUCGGGCAGCGAGUCUGGGUUGCCUGGCGAUGGCAAGAUCGUCGUAUUCGAAGCUCGACAGCUAUGUAGUGGCGCCACGGCCCGUAAUGGAGGACACAUCAAGCCUACCGCCUAUGAGAUAUUCCCCCGGUUUCGCAAAAUGUACGGCCCGGAACGUGCUGCUGCGCUCACCCGAUUCCAGCUUCGUCACAUUGAUUGUCUGACAGAGCUCUGCGCUUCUGAGGGUAUCGAUGCCGCCGAAGCGAGGGAGGUCGAAACGGCCGACUUGUACCUCGACGAAGAGACGUUUCGGAAGACUGUCGAAGAUCUUGCAGAGUUGAAGGAAUGGGUACCAGAGGUAGACGUUGAGAAAUUCGGAGCAAACGAGAGCGUGGCCGGCGCGCUUUCUUACCGCGCCGGGGCGAUCUGGGCGUACCGCUUUGCGGUGUCCAUCUGGAAGCGCCUCCUGGACGACUUCCCCGAGCAGCUCUUCGUGGAGACGAUGACACCGGUUGAGGCAAUCAGCACCAGUCCCGAUGAGUUGGCUGAUUUUCCCUACAUCGUCCACACGCCUCGUGGGACCGUACACGUCCGCCAUGUAGUCCACGCGACGAACGCAUUCGCGAGUCAUCUUGUCCCAGGCCUUCGCAGCAAGAUCACAGGCGUUCGGGCUCACAUGUCGUCUCAGCGCCCAGGUGAACUAUUUCCAAACUGCCAGGGGCAGCGCUCCUGGGGCGUCAUCUAUGGCGGAGCUUUCGAUUAUGUUACCCAGCGGCCUUCGUCACCCGACGAACCACAGGGUGAUUUGAUGCUGGGCGGCGGCUUCAGCCGUUCUUUGAAGCAGGGGGUCGACCAGGUUGGCCUGUACGACGACGGCGCACGUAUCGAUGCUCUGACAGUCUCUCAUAUAUCUGGCAUUUUCCCGGCCGUCUUCUCGCCAAAAUGGGGCAAGGGUGCUUCGGUUGAGAAUGCUUGGUCGGGAAUUUUGGGCAUGACAGGCGACUUUCUCCCCUUCGUCGGUCGCCUUCACAGUGGCUUGACGGGUCGUAAGGUCGCCAGCAAGAAGGUGAGAGGAUUGCAUGGGGAGUGGAUCGCGGCGGGCUUCUCUGGCGAGGGAAUGGUUUGGGCCUGGCUUUCGGGGACGGCUCUUGGCAUCAUGGUUGAUGGGUGCGAGGAGGAGGAGCUUGCUGCGGCCCCAGGCAGGCCGAAGGGCAAAACUGUGGAGUGGCUUCCGAGAGAGUUGAUGGUGUCUAGCGCGAGGAUGCGUAGUGCGGAUAUCUCCAACCUUGCGAGCUAG